UACACCUGUUUCUAACUUUAUAUUUCUAGUUCCAUGAGUUUUGAUGUAUAUUUCCUUGAUUCUGCUGCUACUUUCCCUGCUCGUUAAGCCCACAUCUUCUGUUACUGGAUUUUAUACUUACCAGGUAGCGGAGGAGGGUGACGAGCUAAAGUUAUAUUGUUUGACAUCAGGACAAGACAUAAAGUGGUCAAGGACCGUUAAUGGGAUUAAGGAAGAACUGAAAGCCCCUACGUAUCAGGUCUCGAAAUCGUACAGAUGUGGGAACCCGUACAUGUGUGGCGGGUACGAUGUAGAGGAAACUAAAGUGUGCCUCAGGAGCACUCUGACCCUGAGGGGUCUUCAGAAGAGCGAUAGUGCUACUUACUUUUGUCAAGAAGGAGUUCAGAAAGGAGCGUUUUCCUUCGCUUACGUUUUAACAGUAUUCAGCAGUAAUGCUAUGCCUCAUAUUUAUGAUUUUGAGCCUCUGCAGUGCAACAAUACAGAUUGGUACGGUUGCAUAGCAACAAAAAACUCCGCCAGAUACGAGUUUUUCGUACAAUCACAAGGAGACAAGACGACACUAAAAGGAACCUAUAACGAAGCUAAUAUUACCAAAAUUGGUGAUACAGACGUGAGAUAUCUUAUCAGAGAUAACUACAUCGCACUGCACGACUUCUCUAUACUGAAUCAACCUGAAAUGAAGUUUGGGUGUAGGGCUUUUGACCGUUCUGGUAGAUUCACCGAAUUUGCAACAGGUAAAACGUUUGUCGACCUUGAACCACCAAGAAGUCAAGAUACGUACGAAGCAUAUCUCGUUAAAUGGAUAGGUGUUGGCGUCGGAUCGUUUGCAGGGUUGAUAAUUGUUAUUUUUGUUUGCUGUAAACUUAAAAAGCGUUGUGGAAGAGAAAGAAGACAUUCUGCAACCUACACAGGGAUAGAUAGGCAAGGAGGUCAUCAGGACCUGUAACUAAUUAAUUAAUUAAUUAAUUAAUUAAAAAUGUGGUCAUCAGGACCUGUAAUUGAAUUUUUACUUUUCAUUAAGUGUUUUAUUUGGGUUUCCUCCACCAUAAACUUUAAAUUGUUGAUGUUUUCAUGUUGUGUGACAUUGUAUUAAUUAAUACUAAUGGAAAUACGUUGACUUGUGAAUACUUUUAGUGCAGAAGACUGUGACGAAUACGUUUUCUAAUUAUUUUCGUAGUUUUAAUGGUUCGUUUGUUUCAACAAAUAAUACAUGUGUUUGGUAAGGAUGAUGUGGGCUUAAAGACUGACAAAAAUAAACAUAUGAUUGGCAAUAUUUAUUUGAAAAAGAAACCUUUCAUCGAACCAUCUGAAAUUAAUAUCAUGUGAAUGUUACACGUGAUAACUAUUAUUAACACUAUUAUAGAGUUAACUUUGCUAUCAAUGUUUUGCAGUAGAACUAGACGAUAUAGUUGAAACAGAUUUUAUGAUGAUAGUAUAUUUUAAUUGUAAUUAUAUUUCAUCGCAUCUAUAAUACUUGAAAUAAAAUUACUAAAAAAGAUAGUUAUAAGCAUCAAAAAUAUUUAAUAAAUGCAUUAUUAAUUAGUGAUUACUAAUAACUAUACCAAAUGUUCGAGCUUUUGUUAGUUCAAUAAAUUAUUGUUGAUGAUCAUUCACUUCUCCUAUCGCC